UUUCUCUCUCCCGUUCUCCCUUUCUUUCUUUCAGUCUCAGAAAUCACACAAACCCAACCACAAAACCCUAGCACUGUAAGCCUACACCACCGCCACAAGGAGGGGCAUACUGCCGCCGUCCGUCGCACUUAAAGUUCCCCAUCCGUCAUCUAGCUUCCCUCGUGCUCCAAGUCUUCAACCCCUGUUCGCUGUCACCGAUCGUGGUUGCUUCCUCGAGCUCCGCGUCCGUCGUCUUUGUCUGCUCAGCCGCGCUUCCGUCGCCGUUUGUUUGCCGUUCACGUUCGCGUCUUCGUUCGCGUUCGCUCGGCGUUCACCGUUCGCGUGCACUCGUUGUUCACCGUUCGAGUUCGCGUUCGUCUGGAAGCCACGUUGCUCUGCUUCAAACUCUGCGACCAACCCGCGUGCUCCACUCAGCCGUCGAACUGCUCUCUGUUGUCCCCGCCGUGAGUUCCCUAAACCCGCCACCAGACAAUACACUCACACAAUAGACAACACCAAUACUCUUCUUCAAACUCUGCAACUUCUGAUUUCUACUACAAUAAGUACUACUCAAGUAAUUGCAUUUACCCAUAAGGUGAGGGAGCAUGGCCCGGUUUGAUCCGAAAACCCAGUGUGUGUGGUUAAAAAAUGACCCGGUUUGAUCAAAAGGCAAAAAUCGCAUCCCAAGCUCCCAGGCGUCAUCCUUCCCCUUCUUCGCAGCAGCUCCUCCUCCUCUUCGCAUCUCUGCUUCGGAUUACUCGCCACCACAACUCAGUCACCGCCGCAACUCUGUUUCACAGCCUCCUCCCUCUCUUACUCAGCUCCCUCCUUUCACCAUCGCGGGUGCCUUCUUCCUGUAGUGUUCAAAGAAUUUGUAUUGCUUGAGAGGCAAACUGGGAAACUGAUGAGAGGUAAACUCAGCUGCAAUAGUAUGUUAUCUAUGCUCGAUUUUUCAUCAUGUUCCGGACUUUUUUCGGUGAUGUAAGAAAUUAUGGUUUACUUCGAAAGGGAUAUAUUUACCAGCAGAGGUUUAGCCUUGUGAACGUUAAGUUGAAAUGGGUGAAAGAUCGAAAACUGGAUGCCGCUGUAGCUGGUCAGAAAGAUCUUAAGGCGGUUGAGAUCCUUGUUUCCAUCAUUGCCUCGUCUUCCGAAUGUUGCCUUCCCAUAUAUCGUCUUAAUCCCCAUCGCGGACAACUUGGUCUUCCUAUUGAUCUUAAGGUGUCUACCUUUAUCAGAAGAUAUCCUACUAUUUUUGUGGAGUCCAAUUUUCUUGACAGUGGCGGCACUCCUGUUCCCAGUUUCGGCUUGAGUCCUCAAGCCUUGAAGCUUCACCAUGAGCAAGUUAACAUCCUUGAGCAUGAUCAGUUGGAACUCAGGGAUAGGCUAUGCAGAUUGCUUAUGCUAACAAGAGACAGGAUCCUUCCACUACAAACUAUUGAUCAAUUAAAAUGGGACUUGGGUUUGCCCAAUGAUUACCCGAGUUCUUUUGUUCCGAAUCACCCUGAUCGGUUCUCUCUUGUUCACCUCCCUGAUAAUCGUGUUGGCUUGAAGUUGUUGUUUUGGGAUGACAAGCUCGCUGUCUCGGAGAUACUGAAGAAUGCUUCUUUACAACAAGAUCAAGAAGACAUAAAAAAUGGAACCUUAGCCUUUCCGGUUAGUUUCACAAGGGGUUUUGGUUUCAGAAGAAAAUGCAUGGAGUGGUUGAAAGAGUGGCAGAAACUCCCCUAUACUUCACCUUACACUAAUGCCUCACAUUUGGAUCCUCGUACCGAUGAAUCCGAGAAGAGGGUUGUCGGAGUCUUCCAUGAGCUCCUUCAUCUCACCCUUCAUAAACAAACCGAACGCAAGAAUGUCAGCAACUUGCGCAAACCCUUAGGGCUUCCUCAGAAAUUCACCAAAGCAUUUGAACGUCAUCCUGGUAUUUUUUACCUUUCCAAUAAGAGUGACACGCAAACGGUGAUUCUUAGAGAGGCCUACAAUGGUAGGGAACUCAUACAGAAGCAUCCCCUUGUGAGAGUCAGAGAGAAACUUGCAAAUUUAUUGAAGAAGGGGUUACAUGAUAAGAGCAAGGGUUACACAAGAGAUAUAGAUGAGUCAAACUCAGACAUAGAGAGUGAAAUGGAUGAAUAUGAUUCAGAUGGCUUCCCCAUAAUCACUAAAGAGGGAUGGGGGCGGGGCGGGUAGAGUGAUGAUGAUGGAUCUGAAGAAGAAGAACAAGAGGAGGGGGAGGAGUAGGAGGAGGAAGAAGAAGAGAUAGAGAGCGGGUUUUUAAUUCCUACAAUCAUUUGGAGUUGACCCUUGGCACUAUUACCUGACAGGUCAGCGGACAACCGGUUGUUAUCCGGUAGCAGAGGUCAAUUUGUCCAUUUUCCUUAAUUAGUGGGGUCUGCUUGAGGUUUAAAGAUAAUUAAUGUACGUUAUGUCUCGGGCGAAAAAGGUCAUAGCCGGAUAGGGUAUUUACCCUUUUUAUUAUGUGUCAUAAAAGUUGAAAUCUCAUAAAAGACUAUGGUUAAGUCAAUAAAAUUCAAUUGUGCUAGUGCA